UGUAGUUCGGAAGAAGUGUGCUCGUGUUGCGCUGCUGUGCGGUUCGGGGGAGGGAAACGGGGAGAAAACGUUUGUUUUGCUUUCCUUUUAGUUUAUUUCAGUUAAGCCAGCUGGGAGUUAUUGUGCACUGCAACCCAUAACCUUUAUCUGACUCAUCAUUUGCCCGAACAUGAACUAACGAGGUGCUGAAGCGGUGAAGACCUGUGGAGCAGUGGACAGCAGCUGAUGUUCAUGCAAGAUGAGAAGAGUAAGGUAGAGAGAAUCAAUGCUGUUCUCGGUCUGUCGAGACAUGCGGCGCAUGUGGCAGGGCAUCCAGGCUAUCACAAACUAUAGAACAUCACCACCUGCCUGUGACAGUGAUGCCUACCUCCCAGAUGUGCUGAACAACUUCUACGCUCGGUUUGAGGCGCAGAAUGUUGUAAUGGCAAGGAAGAACACUCCUUCUCCCAAGGACCAGGUGUUGUGCCUAACCACGGCCGAUGUGAGGAAGACUCUACACGGAGUCAACCUGCGGAAGGCUGCUGGACCAGACAACAUUCCUGGCAGAGUGCUCAGAGGAUGUGCAGACCAGCUGGUGGAUGUUCCCACCGACAUCUUCAACAUCUCCCUGAGCCGCGGCGUCGUUCCGACAUGCUUCAAGGCCACCACCAUCGUCCCCAUGCCGAAGAAGUCUUCAGUGUCCUGCCUCAACGACUACCAUCCUGUUGCACUUACACCCAUCAUCAUGAAGUGCUUCGAGAGGCUCGUCAUGAGGCACAUCAAGACCAUGCUGCCCCCCUCACUUGACCCUCUGCAAUUCGCUUACUGCCCCAACUGCUCAACAGACAACGCCAUCACCACCACCCUCCAUCUGGCCCUCACCCACCUGGACAAUAACGAUAUACAUGUUCGAAUGCUGUUCAUAGACUUCAGUUCAGCAUUCAACACAAUCAUUCCUCAGCACCUGAUUGGUAAGCUGAAUCUGCUGGGCCUGAACACCUCCCUCUGCAACUGGAUCCUGGACUUCCUGACCGGGAGACCUCAGUCAGUCCGGAUCGGGAACAGCAUCUCCAACACCAGCACACUGAGCACUGGGGCCCCCAGGGCUGCGUGCUCAGUCCGCUGCUGUUCACCCUGAUGACUCACAACUGUGGUGGGUCUCAUCAGCAAGAACGAUGAGUCAGCAUACAGGGAGGAGGUGCAGCGGCUAACGGACUGGUGCAGAGCCAACAACCUGUCUCUAAAUGUGGACAAAACUAAAGAGAUGGUUGUUGACUUCAGAAGAGCAAAGAGUGACCACUCUCCACUGCACAUCGGCAGCUACUCCGUGGAGAUCGUCAAGAGCACCAAAUUUCUUGGUGUUCACCUGGCGGAGAACCUCACCUGGUCGCUCAACACCAGUUCCAUGACCAAGAAAGCCCAGCAGUGCCUGGACUUUCUGAGAAGACUGAGGAAAGCACAUCUCCCACCCACCAUCCUCAACAUGUUCUACAGAGGGACUACCGAGAGCAUCCUGUACAGCUGCAUCACUGCCUGGUUUGGGAAUUGCACCGUCUCGGAUUGCAAGACCCUUCAGUGGAUAGUGAGGACAGCUGAGAAGAUCAUUGGGGUCUUUCUACCCUCCAUCAUAGACAUUUACACCACACGCUGCAUCCGCAAAGCUACCAGCAUUGUGGACGACCCCACACACCCCACACACACUCCUCACCCUCCUGCCGUCUGGCAAACGGUACCGAAGCAUUCGGGUCCUCACGACCAGACUGUGCAACAGUUUCUUCCCCCAAGCCAUCAGACUCCUCAAUACUCAGAAACUGGACUGAAAGAACACACACACACACAACUGUGCAUCCUCCAUCCUCUUUGCAAUUCUUUGCACAUUACAUUAUGCUGCUACAAAUAUUUAUUAUACUGUACAUAGGCUGCUACUUCUUAUGUUUACACCUACAGCAGCUUAUAUUGUACUCUUUGCACUAUUGUCACUGGAUUCACUUUCUAAUAGAACUGUGUGCUGGUCGGCGCUGCACUGGGACUUACUGAGCCCAUUGUCUAUCCCAGUAGUCAUUGUACUGUCUUGUGCUGUCUGCAUGUUUGCACUUGUGCACUUUAUGUAUAAAUUUAUGUAGUCCCUUAUAGUUCUGUGUUGUUCGGUGUUUGUCUUAUGUACCACCUUGGUCCUGGAGAAACGUUGUUUCAUUUCAGUAUGUACUAACUGGCUAUAUAUGGUUGAAUUGACAAUAAACUCCACUUGACUUGACUUGACAUCGCUGGCCAUUACUUUUUUGAAGCAGGAAGUUGCUGUUCGGUCCACUAUUGUGGAGCGUAAGCCAAAUGUUACACCUGAAAUUGUCAGCUCAUCAGCUCUGUCACACAAGUCUGGUGAAACCAUGGAGGGAAUCCUGACCAUGUUGGAGCGUGUUUUGGGAUUGAAACCACUGCAAAGCCAGAGUAGUGCAGGGUGGCAAAACUUUAAGCUUCAGAAGAACAGAGUCAGGCCAACAUUGCCUUGUGAGGUGUGUGGGGAUGUUACACCACUCAUUUUCACUGUAGGGCAAAUCAUCUCUGUUUUUUUGUUGCAAAGCAGGGCAUGCAUUUGGUGUGUGUCCUCAAGCAGAAGCCUGUAUUUGGCCAAAUACAGGCUUUGGCUUGAGGACACAGGCUGCCCUUACCUGCCAUCAUCUUAUCAAAUGUCAGAUCUCUGAGGAAUAAACUUUUUUUGCAUUGAUCAGAUAUGAUGAGGAUUAUAGUUGCACAAGCCUUUUUUGUUUUACCGAGACUUGGCUCUCUCAGGAAACAGUGGACUUUCAUUUGGAUGGUUUUACUUUGAUUCGGUUUGAUUGAGAUAUUCUUAAAACGCAGAAAACUGUUGGUGGGGGGCUUUGCAUGGCUGUAAAUAAUAGAUGGGCGACUAACUUUACGUUGAGGGAAACCCAGUGUUCAAAACACUAUGAAAUCAUGGUGGUUUCCUUUCGUCCACAUUAUCUUCCACGAGAAUUUACCCAAUUUACAGUGAUAUUGGUGUAUGUUCCGGGACCUGAUUUUAUGCUCGAUGCUAAAAGCAUUGCAGACACUUUUAAUAACAUUGUAAACGGAGUUGGAGAUCAGCCAGUGUUUCUGCUUGGAGAUUUUAAUCGAUGUGACGUCACUACAUUUCUGCCGAAUCUGGAGCAAUAUGUCACAUCUGCCACUAGACUGGAUAAAACAUUGGAUCUGUGCUAUGUAAAUAUACCUGGUGCUUACAUCUCUAAGGUACGUCUCCCUCUGGGUCAAUCUGAUCAUAAUGCUGUUCUUCUCUUGCCUCAGUAUAAGCAAAAACUAAAGAAACCAGGAAACCAGGUCUAUUCAGGUAUGGGACUUUGAUUCCAUUGAAACACUAAAAGGAUGUUUCGAAGGUACAGAUUGGAAUGUAUUUUUAAAGGACUGUGGAAAUGAUGUUGGAUAUGUUAAAUGCUUCUAUAUCUGGGUAUGUGGAUUUUUGUGUACACAGUGUUAUUCCUGUGAAACGUGUAAAAUGAUACCCUAAUAACAAAUAACAAACCUUGGGUCACAAAGGAUCUUAAACACUGUUUGAAUCUUUAAAAAAUAGCUUUUUUAAAUGGAGAUAAACAUGGUGUUAAACUCUUGCAAAAAGAAUUAAAGCAAAAAAUUAAGGAGGCUAAACUGCAGUAUAAACGGAAGGUUGAGGAAAAGUUUAAAAUGAGUAAUGCACAGUUGGCCUGGCAAGGCCUAAACAGUAUGAUGGGGAGGAAUCAGAAGCAUAAUAAUAUUCAGUGUCCUGAUUCUGCCUGUUUUGCUUCUGAAUUGAAUCAGUUUUAAGCUCGUUUUAAUAAUAAUUCUGAUGAGAAAUGGACUCCAACAGGGCAUCCUGUGUUUCUCCCUAUAAUAAUAGAGGAAAAGACAGUGGAAGAGGUUUUAUUAUGAGUUAAACCCCAAAAGACAAUGGGGCCUGAUGGAAUAAAGCGGAAGGUGCUGAGAGAAUGUGCAACACAGCUGAAGGGAGUGUUAACACAGCUUUUUCAGUUGUCAUUUGACUGUAAUGUUGUACCUCAGCCCUGGAAAGAGAGUACCAUUAUUCCACUGCCAAAAAAGGCACAUGCUAAGGAUCUUAUAGACUACAGACCAGUGGCUUUAACAUCUGUGCUUUGUAAGACCUACCGAGCCAGUAUCAGAAUGUAUUUUUGGAUAGACUUCAAAGCACUAUUGUAAGUCGCUCUGGAUAAGGGCGUCUGCCAAAUGCCAUAAAUGUAAAUGUAAAUGUAAGUGCAUGGAGAGAGUAGUUCGUCAACAACUCUCCCAAGAAUUGACUGGGAAACUGGAUCCUUUGCAGUUUGCUUACAGAGUUGGGUGUAUAGUUGAAGAUGCCACCCUCACUCUGAUGGAUAAGGUUGGAAAAUACUUGGAUGCGGCAGAUUGUUGAGUUAGGAUUUUAUUUAUGGAUUUUUCUUCCGCUUUUAAUACUGUGAACAUAAAUAUUCUUUUGAGGCAGCUGGAGGAGUUGCAGGUGCACCAAACCCUUAUCUUAUGGAUUAACAGUUUUUUACGGGACUGUCCGCAGCAUGUAUUGGUGAAUGGCAAAAAGUCGGAGAAUGUGGUUUUAAACAUUGGCCUUCCACAGGGGUGUGUUUUAUCACCAAUUCUAUUUUCUAUUUAUACAAACGAAGUGACCUGUGAUAACGAUAAAUUGACGCUUAUAAAAUAUGCAGAUGAUAUGGCACUGGUGGGAUGUGUAAAGGAUAUUCAGUCAUUAGAUACUUACCUCAAUUUUGUUAAUUUUAUCACAGUUUGGACAGAGGAGAGUUCUUUGCAGCUUAAUAUUAAUAAAACUAAAGAAAUGUGUUGUGGGGUGAACAAUGUACGAGCACUUUGUGAACCUGUGUUAAUUAAUGGAGAGGAGGUUGAACAGGUAGGAUCUUUUAAAUUUUUAGGUACAGAGAUUGACUCCCAAUUUUCAUUUGAUAAGCAUUCAGACAAUGUUUUUAAAAAGACUUAUCAACGUUUAGGCUAAUUGAGAAAACUGAGGAGUUUUAACAUUGAAAAGGACGUUUUGAUGGUUGUAUAUAAAUCACUUAUCGAAUCUGUUCUUACUUUUAAUAUUGUAUCCUGGUUUAACUCUCUUUCUGUGAAAAGCAAAAACAAACUUUUAAGGAUUAUAAAUGUGGCGAGUAAAAUACUUGGUGAGAGACAAACACCUCUCCCUGAUCUCUUUACUGUGGCAUUAAAAAGGAAAGCCUCUGUUACUGUGGGAGACUCGUCUCAUCCCCUGUAUAGUUCUUUCAAGUUACUUCCCUCUGGCAGACGGUAUAAAGUGCCUUUAGUGAAAAGGGCCAAGUAUAAGACGACCUUUAUCCCAACUGCGAUUGGUAUUUUAAAUAGGAUCUUAAAAUGAAUUUUUUAUGUAUUAUUAUAGUUGUGAAGUGAUGUAUGUAAUGUAAAGUGUUGUUGUGAUGGUUAUUUGUAUUGUUUGUGUGUUGAGCCUUUUGUCUAAAGAGCAGCUUUUACGUUAUCAUUCCGACUUUGGUAGUUAAUGGACAGGAUGACGAUCUUAUUCUUGGCAGUAACCUGUUGAAACAUCUGAUUCGCCAGCUGAGGAACUCCCAGGAGUUGUUAGAGAAUGUGUCAAACUCUGAUUAUGAUAUUGCUGAACAAGACAAUAUUUUAAACUAAUUUAAAAAAUAAACUAAUUUGAAUGAGGCUUUCUUAAUUUCAGUGGAUGCUUCCUCUAAUGGGCUCGGGUCUGUACUGUCACAGGUUCCUAGUGGUGGUACCCCCACCACUUCUGAAUUAUUAGCAUCCUCUGAUAUAGUAGCUACGGCUUCAGCAGCCAAUGGGCCAUCUUGUAGCUUAGAGCUGGGUUCUCCAUCUGCAAUGUUAAGUUCCCCACCCAUGUCUGUUGCCUUGUCCUCAGGCCAGCCUGGUACAGAUGCAGGGCUUGUGUAACGGACAGGCAGAGCCACUGCAGGACAAUAUUCUAAUGUCCACUACCUCCCAUGAGCAGUGGGGAGGGUAAUAUGGGCAGUUUUUACCCCAGGUCCUGUAUCUAGUACAUCUGCUUUUUUCGACCUUGGAGUUGAUUGGUGUGGUUUAUUAGUCUUAGUUUAUCGGGUGAUGAUUUAAAAAGCAGAAGGUAGAAUGUAGUUGAGUGUGGUAACAAUGUUUUGUUUUUUGGUGUUGUAAUUAUAUUGUGGAUGGAUGGCCUAUGAGCUUCUGCUAUUGGGGUAUUUAAGCAUCUGUCUAUGCCACUUGGGAUGCGUUAUGGUCGAGGAUCAGCCCUUUCCGUUUAAGCACUACCGAAGAGGUAUGUUUGUUAAUGGGGUGGCUUUGUGUCAUUUAGUGUUUGUUUUAAGUAAUAAUACUUAUUUCUACUUGAUUGUAGUGUAAUUUGGAGAUGUCGUGUGUUUUAACAAAACACACCGCUGAUGAUAGGCUGCUUGCUCCCAGGUUUGUCGAGGUAAAUUAUUGAGUUCUGGUUAGGAUUAGUGGUAGGCCUAAUGACUGUUUGUGCGAAUUUGUAUCUUUGGCAUACCGGCUGUUGCUCACAUAAACAUCAUUAAUUGACAUUUACUACUUUGGUAGGUGAUCUUUUUUAUCGCUUAGUUGAGUUGAAUGACUUUUGUUUUUGUAGUAAUGUUGGUUUGUUUUGACUAGGCUCGAUUGCAUAUUCAGCUGUGUGCUCAUUGUCGGGGUGACGAAGAUUACCGUCAGUUCUGUCCCGCUCUUCAGGCAGCACUGCUGUUUUGUUUCUGUUUUGUUUCACUUUGCUUUCUUGGCUUUUUUUUAUUGUAUUAUCAUUAUUGAUAUUGUUUUUUUCCUUUUUGUUGGUUUGUUUUUAAUCAUUUGUUCCCAUUUUGUUUUGUUUUUGCCAAAUUUUGAGUUGUGUCUUGCCCUUGUGUGAGCUCUUUGGCUCUAGAUUGUUUUUAGAUUUCUUUAAUAGGGUUGAGUUGUUUUGGUGCUACCACCUAUUCGGCUCUAUGGAUUUUUCUUCUGCUUUUAAUACUGUGAACAUAAAUAUUCUUUUGAGGCAGCUGGAGGAGUUGCAGGUGCACCAAACCCUUAUCUUAUGGAUUAACAGUUUUUUUACGGGACUGUCCGCAGCAUGUAUUGGUGAAUGGCAAAAAGUCGGAGAAUGUGGUUUUAAACAUUGGCCUUCCACAGGGGUGUGUUUUAUCACCAAUUCUAUUUUCUAUUUAUACAAACGAAGUGACCUGUGAUAACGAUAAAUUGACGCUUAUAAAAUAUGCAGACGAUAUGGCACUGGUGGGAUGUGUAAAGGAUAUUCAGUCAUUAAAUACUUACCUCAAUUUUGUUAAUUUUAUCACAGUUUGGACAGAGGAGAGUUCUUUGCAGCUUAAUAUUAAUAAAACUAAAGAAAUGUGUUGUGGGGUGAACAAUGUACGAGCACUUUGUGAACCUGUGUUAAUUAAUGGAGAGGAAGUUGAACAGGUGGGAUCUUUUAAAUUUUUAGGUACAGAGAUUGACUCCCAAUUUUCAUUUGUUAAGCAUUCAGACAAUGUUUUUAAAAAGGCUUAUCAACGUUUAGGCUAAUUGAGAAAACUGAGGAGUUUUAACAUUGAAAAGGACGUUUUGAUGGUUGUAUAUAAAUCACUUAUCAAAUCUGUUCUUACUUUUAAUAUUGUAUCCUGGUUUAACUCUCUUUCUGUGAAAAGCAAAAACAAACUUUUAAGGAUUAUAAAUGUGGCGAGUAAAAUACUUGGUGAGAGACAAACACCUCUCCCUGAUCUCUUUACUGUGGCAUUAAAAAGGAAAGCCUCUGUUAUUGUGGGAGACUCGUCUCAUCCCCUGUAUAGUUCUUUCAAGUUACUUCCCUCUGGCAGACGGUAUAAAGUGCCUUUAGUGAAAAGGGCCAAGUAUAAGACAACCUUUAUCCCAACUGCGAUUGGUAUUUUAAAUAGGAUCUUAAAAUGAAUUUUUUAUGUAUUAUUAUAGUUGUGAAGUGAUGUAUGUAAUGUAAAGUGUUGUUGUGAUGAUUAUUUGUAUUGU